GAGGGGCCACCUCAGUUGGAACAUGGGAGCUGGAUGAUGGCAGCUCCCCAGCCUGCCUCUUUUCUUCUCCCCUCAUCUGUGCAAUUAUUAUGUUGCUGUGGAAGGCUAAUUGGUGACCAUCCUGGCAUAGAUUAUGGUUGGCAGUCUACAAAAGAGACAGAGAAUGUGGAAUGGUCUAUCCAGAAGCAUACAAAGACAAGCCCAACGGAUGCAUUUGGUACUAUCAAUUUUCAAGAUAGUGAUCAUACCUACCAUGCCAAGUAUAUCAGAACUUCUUAUGAUACCAAGCUGGAUCAGUUGUUGCACCUCAUGGUGAAAGAAUGGCAAAUGGAAUUGCCCAAACUGGUAAUUUCUGUUCAUGGUGGCAUCCAGAACUUCAAGCUUCCAUCUAAGCUUAAGAAGCUUUUUAGCAAAGGCUUGGUCAAAGCAGCUGAGACGACUGGAGCAUGGAUACUAACAGAAGGCAUCAACACUGGAGUGUCAAAGCAUGUCGGGGAUGCACUAAAACUUCAUGCUUCUCAGUAUUUAAGAAAGAUCUGGGCUGUUGGAAUCCCACCUUGGGGUAUCAUUGAGAACCAGAGGGACCUCAUUGGGAAAGAUGUAGUUUGCCUGUAUCAGAUGUUGAGCAAUCCUCUCAGCAAGCUGAGUACCCUCAACAGCAUGCAUUCUCAUUUCAUUCUGGCUGAUGAUGGCACACUGGGCAAGUAUGGCAACGAAAUGAAACUCAGAAGAAAUCUUGAGAAAUACCUGUCGCUUCAGAAAAUACACACUAGUAUGGGACAAGGAGUGCCAUUGGUUGGGUUGGUUGUGGAAGGCGGUCCAAAUGAGAUCCUGACAGUGUGGGAAUAUGUGAGGGACAAACCUGCUGUUCCUGUAGUAGUGUAUGAGGGAACUGGUAGAGCUGCAGACCUCCUUGCUUUUACUCAUAAGCACACAGCAGAUGUGACGAAUCUGAGCCCUCAGCUUAAGGAAGAGAUAUUAUUAAUGAUUCAGAACAUAUUCAGUUUUGGGCAGAAACAGUCCCAUCACCUAUUCAAAAUUUUAAUGGAGUGUAUGGAACACAGAGAUUCUAUAACAAUAUUUGAUGCAGAGUCAGAUGAGCAUCAGGACAUGGAUUUGGCAAUCCUAACUGCCCUUUUAAAAGGUACAAAUAUGUCUGCUCCAGAUCAGCUAAAUCUGGCACUGGCCUGGAACAGACUGGACAUUGCUAAAAAACAUAUAUUGGUUUAUGGACAACACUGGAAGGUUGGCUCCCUUGAACAAGCAAUGCUGGAUGCUUUGGUCAUGGACCGUGUGGAAUUUGUGAAGCUACUGAUAGAGCACGGAGUAAAUCUGCACCGUUUUCUUAGCAUAUCCCGACUGGAAGAACUAUACAAUACUAAACAAGGGCCAACAAAUCUACUUCUGCAUCAUCUUGUCUGUGAUGUGAAACAGAGUACUCUUCCAGUGGUCUACAAAAUAUCCCUGAUUGAUAUCGGGAUGGUGAUAGAAUACUUGAUUGGUGGAGCUUACCAAAGCACCUACACAACAAAGCAUUUCAGAGUUCUAUACAAUAGCCUUUACAGGAAACAUAAGAGAGUUGUCUCCAGUUUGGCACCAAACCUCUCCGCUCGUCGGAAUAGUCAGAUGGGGAGCAGAAGUGAAUCUGUUGAAACUACCUUGCAUUCCCAGUUUAUCAGAACAGCACAGCCAUACAAAUACAAAGAAAAAACAGCUGGCCUUCAUAAGUCUAGGAAGAAGAUCAAAGAUGAACUUACUGUUUCAGAUGACCAAGAGUCUGUUGGCUUUAUUUACCCAUAUAAUGAUCUCCUGGUUUGGGCUGUGUUGAUGAAAAGACAAAAGAUGGCCAGGUUCUUUUGGCAGCAUGGAAAGGAAGCUAUGGUUAAGGCAGUGGUGGCUUGCAAACUCUACAGAGCCAUGGCACGUGAAGCCAAGCAAAGCAAUAUGGAAGAUGAUACAUCGGAAGAACUGAAGAAGUAUUCAAAUGAGUUUGGGCAGCUUGCUCUAGAUGUUCUGGAUAAUGCAUUCAAACAAAAUGAGCAGAUGGCCAUGAAGCUGCUGACAUAUGAGCUGAAGAACUGGAGUAAGUCUACAUGCCUGAAACUGGCCGUGUCAGUGGGUUUGCGGCCCUUUGUGUCUCAUACAUGCACACAGAUGCUGUUGACUGAUAUGUGGAUGGGACGCCUGAAGAUGAGGAAAAAUUCCUGGUUUAAGGUGAUUCUAAGUAUUCUUCUACCUCCCACCAUCUUAAUGCUGGAGUUUAAAAGCAAGGCAGAGAUGUCUCAUGUGCCUCAAUCACAGGAGUUCCAUCAAUUCACAUGGUAUCAUGGUGAUCCAAGCACCUCUAAUGUAAAAGAUGACCUCUCACUGAACAAUUAUGAUUUAGAGAAAGGAGUUGACAAACAAGACAAAAUUCCCGUCAACAAUGAGCAUGGAAGGCUUUCUGGGACAAGGAAAGUAUACGAAUUCUACAAUGCCCCAAUUGUCAAGUUCUGGUUUCACACGAUGGCCUAUUUAACAUUUCUCAUGCUGUUCACUUACACUGUCUUGGUGAAGAUGGAACCAACACCCAGUGUGCAGGAAUGGCUUGUGAGCAUCUACAUUUUCACCACCUCCAUUGAAAAAGUCAGAGAGGUAUUUAUUUCAGAACCAGGCAAGUUCAGCCAAAAGGUGAAAGUGUGGAUUUAUGAAUACUGGAACUUUACAGAUUCUAUUGCAAUCAUCUUGUUCAUGACUGGUUUUGGCUUGCGCUGGGCUGAUCCUCCACUUUAUACAGCAGGAAGGUUAAUUUACUGUCUGGAUAUAAUAUUCUGGUAUUCUCGGCUCCUUGAUUUCUUUGCUGUGAACCAGCAUGCAGGUCCAUAUCUGACAAUGAUUGGGAAAAUGACAGCAAACAUGUUCUAUAUUGUAAUUAUGAUGGCCAUAGUAUUGUUGAGUUUUGGAGUGUCUCGAAAAGCAAUACUUUCUCCAGCUGCGAAGCCAUCAUGGACUCUUGCACGCGACAUCGUAUUUCAGCCUUAUUGGAUGAUGUUUGGUGAAGUAUAUGCAGGAGAAAUUGAUGCUUGUGAAACAAACCCAGACUGUCCUCCAGGUUCCUUCCUGACACCAUUUCUUCAAGCUGUCUACCUCUUUGUACAGUACAUCAUCAUGGUCAAUCUGCUGAUUGCUUUCUUCAAUAAUGUUUAUUUUGAUAUGAAAUCUAUAUCACACAACCUCUGGAAAUACAACCGAUAUCGUUACAUCAUGACCUAUCAUGAAAAACCAUGGCUGCCACCUCCUUUCAUCAUCUUGAGCCACAUUGGUAUCCUCAUAAAUUGCCUCUGUCACCACCGGACACCAAAUGAAUUGGAUCAAGAGGAGGAACACGUUGAAUUGAAACUGUACCUGAGUGACGAGGAGCUAAAAAAACUUCAUGAUUUUGAAGAGCAGUGUGUGGAAAAAUACCUUCAUGAGAAGAAUAAAAGCCAGCACUCCAGUGAAAGUGAAAGGAUCCGUGUGACAACUGAAAGAGUUGAAGAGAUGUUUUCACAACUGAAAGAGGUACAUGAGAAAGUGUACUACAUUAAGGAUGCUUUGCUUGCACUGGACAGCCAGCUGGGACACUUACAAGACCUCUCGGCUUUAACCGUUGAUACGCUGAAAGUUAUUUCAGCUGUGGAUACUCUGCAAGUAGAGGAGGCCCUUCUUGCUGAUACAAAACACCAAGCCUAUCGGAAGCUUCCCCAUAGCUGGAGCAAUGCCACGUACUCAGAGGCUUUGAACAAUAUGGAAUGUGUGAGUGACAAAAAGUACCAUUAUUACAGCAUGCCCCCUUCCCUUCUGAAAAACCUGGCAAGGAGCCAGUGGCCAUCAGAGAGCCAUCGUCACAUUCUCGAUGCCAUAGACUAUGAUAAGAUAAAACCAAUAGACAAACAUAAAGAGGAGGAGAUGGAAAAUGAUACUCUAACUUCUGGGGUAUCUUCAGAGAAUAAAUCAACUCCUAGAUAUGGACAAUUUCUUUUAGUUCCUUCUGGUCAGCAAGGAACCUCUUUCUCUGAAGAUGCUCUUUCUCUGAAGAUGCUCUCAAGUACUCUGAAUGAGCUCAGGGAAGAUGAACUGAAAGGCAAGGCCCAGACCAAGCAUUGCAGCCCCACCACUCACCUGGAGGUACACAGUGUUGCUGAUGCUGAAGAAAUCCUUCAUCAAGGGCAGGAAUUGGACAGUGAGACUGCAGUGAAACACUAUUUGGCUACCCAUACACCUAGCAUUGCCAGUCAGCUCUCUCAGCCUUCUCACCAUCACUGUGAGGACCCAGGAGGAGGCUAUGUGAACUGGGGGUUCUCAGAAGACGAGGAGAAGAGGGUUUUUAGCAAUCAGGCAAGACAGCUGCCAGGCCUGCAUUCUGCUGACAGCUACAACUGCAGUUGUAGUCUCCCACAUGUGCAGAUAAAAGAAUCCAAAUCCUUUUCCUGCAGUUCUGACAGAUCAGGAUACAGCAGCGACAGCUCACAGUCUCCUCUCCCAUUCCAGUGCAGUAGAUCAGUCUGGAUCAAGCCACUUAGGAAACACUGGCCUUUCUACAAGGCAGAGAAUGCAGAGAAGACCUGCAAAAUGAAAGAACGAUCAACAUCUACUGAACUAUGUCAGACAGACUGGGCAAAGGCAAGACUUGGCAGCAAAGGCAGGAAAUCUUUCAGGAAGAAACGGAAAACUCUCCAGGUACCGGUGAUUACAGUAGAUGGUUGUUCCCAGAGCACCCAACAUAGUUCAGAGCCAUUUGAGAGCAGGUCUGUGGGAGAAGAACAAGAGUACAGAAUGAAUCGGCUAACCAUGUCUAGCUUCAAUCAGCAAAGUUUGGAUCACAUCAGUUGUAUGUACCAGAAAAUGAAAACACAAGAGACUGCUAGACACACAGUGCAGAUUUGUGACUAUUUGAGGCAAUCGCAAGAGGAUUUAAAUAAUAGCAUGACUUGGUCUAGGAAGAACAGGAAGAAAAAAAUGAGCAGGAGCCCCUCGUUGAGAAGUUCAGAUGGAUGUGAGAAAAUCUCAUCCUCCUUAAAGUCCCCUCAAGAUCUGCACCAUCAUUACUCAGCUGUUGAAAGGAACAAUUUAAUGAGAUUGGCUCAAACAAUACCUUUUACACCAGUGCAUCUCUUUACUGGAGAAGAAGUGACAGUCUAUAGAUUAGAAGAGAGUUCCCCUCUGAACCUUGAUAAAAGCAUGUCCUCUUGGUCACAACGUGGCAUGGCUGCUAUGAUUCAAGUUUUGUCCCGAGAGGAGAUGGAUGGAGGCCUGCGGAGGGCUAUGAAAGUCAUCUGCACCUGGUCUGAAAACGAUGUGCUAAAAAUGGGCCAAGUCUACAUUGUGAAGUCUUUUCUUCCUGAGGUUGUUCAGACUUGGCAAAAGAUCUUCCAUGAAGGCACAGUGCUCCAUCUCUGCCUCAGAGAAAUACAACAGCAAAGAGCAGCUCAGAAGUUGAUAUAUACUUUCAACCAAAUGAAGCCUCAUACUGUUCCAUAUACCCCAAGGUUCCUGGACGUCUUCUUAAUAUAUUGCCAUUCAGCCAAUCAGUGGCUGACAAUAGAAAAAUAUAUGACGGGAGAGUUUCGCAAGUACAAUAACAACAAUGGGGAUGAGAUCACACCUAGCAAUUUGCUGGAAGAAAUUAUGCUGGCUUUUUCUCACUGGACCUAUGAAUAUUCCCGGGGAGAGCUCCUUGUACUGGAUUUGCAAGGUGUUGGAGAAAGCCUUACAGACCCAUCUGUUAUUAAACCUGAAGAUAAGCAAUCUAGAGGGAUGGCAUUUGGACCGGCAAACCUUGGGGAGGAAGCCAUCAAACACUUCAUUUCAAAGCAUCGUUGUAACUCUUGUUGCCGAAAACUCAGACUCCCUGAUUUGAAAAGAAAUGACUACACGCCUGGGAGGCAAAAUCCAGCUUUUGAAGGUGACACAGAAGCAGUGGCAGCGUCAGGAGAUGAAGAUCUUAACAAUGGCAAAGAUGAACCAUUGGAAUAUAAUAGCAGAUUGUGAUGCAAGGGAUGGGCAGACAGGGUCUAGCCAUUGGAACAAUUCCAUAGUGUGUAUUUGGCUGAAGGGAUAAACUAGAAGUACAUCCCCUUCUAUUUGAAUGCUGAGAAAAUGAAAGCCAUUUAUAUGCUUGUGAGUGCAUGAACAAAUGCUUAGCAGACUAUUGAAAAAGAACCUCCUGAGUUAUUGACUUCAGUGUACUUUUGUUUCUAUGGAUUUACUCUGAGAUUAUUCAUUAAAGUCACUGGGAUGUCUGUAAUAGUAAUUCAAUUUAUUUCUUUUUAAAAUGUGACUGAGAAUAAAGUAAUGGAGAGGAACUGUAACAAAAUGAAUGGAUUUUUUUAAAAAUUGUCAUUCUCCUAGGAAGAGCUGCUUGAUUCUCUGCCCAUCCCUUUUUGAACUUUUUUGUUGGGAGGGGAGCAGGUGGAGGCAAUAUCAAUC